AUGGCCUCAUUCCCUCGCGCCCUCCCAUUCUUCCUCCCCGUCCCGUCGCGCCUUGUCCUCAUCGCCCUCCUCGCGCUCAUCGCGCUCCUCCGCCAGGCGGAAGCCGCCUACACCGAUUCGCCGAUCCCCGACGGGUGCGUCGCGGAGAUAGCGGAGGUGGACCGGGAGGCCAUGCGCGCGGUGUACGCGGCGCUGCCCGAGGGGAUGUUCUUUUGGCACGACGGCAUACCGCAGUACAAGCUGUUCGACGACACCCACAAUGUCUCCUACUGCUGCGUCGCGCCUAAGCCCGCUGGUGUCUCGUGCCGCCUCUGGUGCCCGCUCGGGUGCACGCCCGCCGGCCGCAUCACGCGCAUCUUCUCCGACCCGAGCCGCUGGGACAUGCGCGGCGGGCCUGGCGGGAGCAGGGGGAGCUGUCCGCCCGGCGCGCUGUCGCCCGCCGUUGGCGAUCUUGCGGAGCUCUCCUCGCUGGUCUUCCGCCAUUCGUGCCUCGCCGGCGACUUGCCGGACUCCGUCACGCGCCUCCAGAAGCUGAAGAUGUUUGAAAUGCCCGAAAACAACUUCUCCGAGCCCAUUCCGCCAGGCCUUUUCCGCCUGCCCGCGCUCCGCCACGUGGAUCUCAACACGAUUAGUCCCUACCCGUACUUUCUAUUUCAAAAUGAAGGUCUUUCAGGGUCUCUUCCCGACGAGCCCGACGCGUACUCCCCGUCGCUGGAAACGGUAAUCCUGUAUGGCAAUGCGCUCUCGGGGGAGCUUCCGCGCGCCCUUCUCCGCGCGCCCGCGCUGAGUCGGUUGGACCUGCAGAGCAACAACAUCGCGGGGGAACUCCCGGGGGAGGCGGGCGCGUAUUCGCGGAGCAUUACCGCGCUCAUCCUGCGCAACAACAGCCUAUCCGGCGCCAUUCCGCCCGCGCUGGCGGAGAUGACGUCGCUCAAGGCGCUCGACGAAGUGCGGCUCAACAACAACGUACUCACUGGGCCGUUCUGCAACGCUCUGCUGCCCCCGCGCGAACUUUGGCUGGGCUUCAACGACCUGGGCGGCGCGACCGCCGGGAGCAGCGCCAGCGCCACUGGCGGCGGCGACGGGGGCGGCGGAGGUGAGGAGGAGGAAGGGGGGGGCUCUCUGCACGGCUGCGUGCUGCCUGCGAAGCUAGAGAUUCUCAGCGCGCCGCACGCGGGGCUGCGGGGGAGCGUUCCGUCCGACCUGUUCCUCGCGACAAACGCGCAGUCGGGGCGCAAGCCAUCCAUGGGCGGCUUGGGUAGGAUAAUCCGGAUCGACCUGAGCUACAACAACCUCUCGGGCAGCCUGAAGGCUUUCACGGUGCUUCCGACUAGGGUCUUGGACCUGUCGCAUAACAACUUCUCGGGCGGUAUUCCCGAGGCGAUUUUCAGCGGCGGCUUCUCGCUCGCGGACCUGCGGUUUAAAACCGGAGGUCCAAGAGUUUCUAAGUUAGGAAGGUUGAAAGGGGAGAGAAAGGACUGGGACAGGCUGCGCGUGAGCAACAACAGCGCGCGCAUGGCGCGCACCGUGGGCGCGGGUUACAUCCCCGCGCCGGCGCCUGGCGUGCAGGUCUCCGCUACGGAGACUGAGGCGCUGCUGGCGGUGCGCGAUGCGCUCCUGGGGGAAGCAGCGGGGGGAACGGAGUUUGCGGACGGCGGAAGCAGCUCGUGGGCGGAGAUUCUGCGCAGCUGGGACGCGAGCAGCAGCAGCACGCGUGCGUGGUACGGCGUGGGGUGCACAGCAGACGGACACGUGGACACAUUGCACCUGCUGGGCAAUGCUUAUGUCACCCUGCACCCCAACUUCGUCCCAGAAUCGCCCGAUUGCGAACACACCCAGUACGGAGACAGGAUAUGCGCGGACGCGGAUCCGCGACCUCCCCCCCAAGUGCAGUUCUUCCUGGAGGGCCUCCCUGGCGGCAGCUCGAACAGCUGUGCGAGUGCGGGCGGGAGUCUGUCGGAGGCGGUGGGGCAGCUGACGCACCUCACCUCUUUACACAUCUCCGGGCAUGCCCUCUCCGGCGGCCUGCCGCCGUCCCUCUCGCGCCUCUCUCACCUCGUCACUCUCGACCUCUCCUCCAACCGCCACCUCUCCGGCUCCAUCCCCCCCGCCCUCUUCGCCCUCCCCUCGCUGCGAGAGCUCUCCCUCCGCGGGAACAACCUCACGGGAGAGGUCCUCCCAACCACCACGGCAGCAACUGCAGCGGCAGCACUGUCAUCGAGCUUGGAGAUUCUAGAUUUAGGGGGGAACGCUCUCUCAGGGUCCAUAGUAGCGCAGGUGGGUCUUCUGACGGGGCUGACGCGCCUGGCGCUGGACCAGAACCGGCUGGACGGCGGCUUGCCAAGGGAGCUCGGCGUGCUCUGGAUGCUCCGAGACAUGCACCUGCAGGGGAACGCCCUCCAGGGGGACGUCUGUGCUCUCGCUGCUGCCUUCCCUGCUCCCCCUUCUGCCGCCUCCCCCCCCCCUGCUGCUGCUGCUGACGCUGGUAGUACUGCCGACCCUACUGCCUCCAGUGCGCCUGUCUUGUGGGGUCUCCGCGGGGUGUUUCCGCUGCUGACCCGUCCGGACAUCAGCAGCAACGAGCUCUUGGGCGAUGCAGCCACGCUCUCCCCUCUCCACCAAGAAUUCCACACACUCAACGUCUCUCACAACCGCCUCAAGUGUGGCCCUGGCAACGCCUCCUGGAACGCGUAUUACAUGGACCUCUCACACAACCGCAUUAGUGCCCCGCUGCAGGACCUCUUUGGGAAUGAUGACAGCCUCCAGUCCACAGUGCUGCGCCUGUCACACAACCAGCUCUCAGGACCCAUCCCUGCCACACUCCUGCAAAAAAAAAGUCUAGCAGAGCUGGACCUCUCCCACAACCUGCUCACGGGUUCGAUUCCUGCCAUAGUCAAUUUGUACUCCAUGAAGACGCUCGACCUGUCGCACAACCAGCUGUCCGGGGUGGAGGUUCGGCUGAGCCACAAUGAGCUCACUGGGAGCAUCUCUAGCUUUAUCUUCUCCUCGUCCCCCUCACUGCUCGACCUCUCCCACAACCAACUCUCUGGCCCCAUCCUAGACCCUCCCCAGGGGAACAGCCGGAGCUCCUCCGUCGACCACCUCUCCUACAUGGACCUCUCUUCAAAUAAACUCACAGGAAGCAUCUCCAAUGCUCUCGUCUCCGGCCUCACAGCCCUAUCCCGCUUAGAUCUCUCCGACAGCCUGCUCUCAGGCUCGCUGCCGCGCUCGCUAGCUCUUGCCCCCUUGCUCACCGACCUCAACCUCUCACGCAACAAGCUCAAAGGCUCCCUGCCUGCCUUCUGCCAGGGCAAGCAGCACCUCGCCUCUCUCCUCCUCUCCUCCAAUGCUUUCUCCGGCCCCCUCUCCUCCCUCCUCCCCUCCUCCUCCUUCUGCGCCUCCUCCCUCCUCUCCCUCAACGUCUCCACCAACCAGCUCUCCGGCUCGCUCCCCUCGUCGCUCUUGCGCUUCACCGCUCUGCACUCCUUGCAGGCUGCGAGCAACCGCAUGAGCGGCAGCAUCCCUGCAGGGCUGGCAUCGCUGACGGCCCUGCAGGAGCUGGACAUGUCGUGGAGCGGGCUGUCAGGCACCAUCCCUGCGCGCCUGCGUGCUGCUGCCCCCUCCCUGCAACUUUCUCUCCCAAGUCGUGCCGUGUCUUCCGCCUUCGCAUUGGCUUG